GCCCCUCCGGCCUCCCCGCGGGCCGCUCCGCCCCCGCCAGCUGCGGGACACGGCGGGGGGCGCCCCCGCUCCCUGCCUGACGCCAAGCCCUGCGCAACCGCUUUAUUUACGAUCAUUCGCUUCUGAAGGGAACGCCGGAGCUCUGGAAUACCAGCCAGACGUCCGCGCCCAGCAGCGCAGCGCCCACCGCCCUCACACAGAGAAACCAACAGCCCCCCAUCCCGCGCGCACCACAGCCCGCUAUUUCUUUCUUUAUCCACCUUUACUAGAGCUACGCUGGAAGUAUCGCGAGAACGGUGUAGCGGAGCUGGUGGCGGCCAGGAGGGGCGAAGCAGCGCGGAGAGCACCAAAUGAAUCAGCAGAUUCGCUCUUACAGUCAGCAGGAGCUGCUUACCCCGGGGGCUGUGGGAGAAAUGAACACAGUUCCUGGGUGUGGAGGGGGGACCCCACAAACCUGUCCAGAGACGUGGUGAGAAGCCGUUCUGUAAUGCUGAGUGCAAAACAAGGCUGUGACAGGAGGACAGAUAAGCCAAGAAGCUGCAGGGUGAUUUUUAUGCUGUCUCCAACUCAAUGUAGUCUGAAUACUUGGAAAGUUCAGGACAUCUAGGGGAGGAAGACUGGAGAACUGCUUCUUAUCUGCAACUGGAUGGCUUCUACAGUGAGCCUGGGUAAAGAAACAUUAUUGGAAGAUGGAAUGCCACCUGCAAAAAAGCCCAGGAAGCUGUUGCCAAGCCUAAAAACCAAGAAGCCUCGGGAACUUGUUCUGGUGAUUGGGACAGGAAUCAGUGCUGCAGUUGCUCCCCAGGUCCCAGCUCUGAAGUCUUGGAAGGGUUUGAUCCAGGCCCUCCUGGAUGCUGCUAUUGACUUUGAUCUUCUGGAAGAUGAAGAAAGCAAAAGGUUUCAGAAGUGUCUCCAUGAGUACAAGAACUUGGUUCACGUUGCCCAUGACCUUAUCCAGAAGCUCUCUCCGCGCACAAGCAACGUUCGCUCAACGUUUUUCAAAGACUGUUUAUAUGAGGUGUUUGAUGACCUGGAAUCUAAAAUGGAAGAUUCUGGGAAACAGCUGCUUCAGUCAGUGCUUCACCUGAUGGAAAAUGGGGCACUCGUGUUAACCACAAACUUCGAUAACCUGCUGGAACUGUAUGCAGCACACCAGGGGAAGCAUCUGGAGUCUCUUGACCUGACGGAUGAGAAGAAGGUGCUGGAGUGGGCGCAGGAGAAGAGGAAGCUCAGCGUCCUGCACAUCCACGGCGUGUACACCAACCCCAGCGGCAUCGUGCUGCACCCGGCCGGCUACCAGAACGUGCUGCGCAACACCGAGGUCAUGCGAGAGAUUCAGAAGCUGUAUGAAAAUAAGUCGUUCCUGUUCUUGGGCUGUGGUUGGACUGUUGAUGACACCACGUUUCAGGCCCUGUUUCUAGAAGCUGAGAAGCACAAAUCAGACCUGGAGCACUUCAUGCUCGUGCGGAGAGGAGAUGUGGAUGAGUUCAAGAAGCUCCGUGAGAACAUGCUGGACAAGGGGAUUAAAGUGAUUUCCUACGGAGAUGAAUACACAGACCUGCCCAAGUACUUUGGGAGGUUGGCGAGUGAGAUCGCCACGCGGGGCCGAGCAGGUAUGGGCUGUGUGCACCCUUACAGGGGAAUCUUUGGAGUGCAAGACGGUGUUACUGCCUCCUUUCCUCUGUCCUGUAUUUUUCCCCCCAAAUUUUUGCAGUUGUAGUCGGAUUUGGGGCAUAUUUUCACGCAAUCACUGUGUGUUCAUGUAGUUAAAGCAGCUGUACUGCUUCUGAUGCAUCCAUACCUAUUUUUUUACAUGCAGCUGACAUCGUUUGUUCUCUUUCUAGUGAAAGGAAAGUACGUUCUAGGCUCGUUAUUUGGUCUCAGUGACCUGCAUGCUACUCAGGCUGAGCUGAUUCUUUAACAAAUGAGAUCUCAUGCUAAUAAAUUAUAGAAGUCAGAAACCA